AAUUUAUCACAUCGUUGUUGUAUGACAUCCUCAAAGGGCUCAUAUAUCAUUCGUUUGUUGUCUGUAUUAAAUUUAUAUAUUGAUAUGGUUGGUUUAUAUCCGAUGUUAUCAGGACAAAAGUUAAGUGCUCGGAUGGUGCACCCCCGUUUGUUGCUGAAUGGUUGGUUCUACUUUUGGACCUUACUAUUCGCUGCCCUACAUGGAAAGAAUAGUAUUCAUAAAAUGUAGUUAAAAUGUAUAACAAGAUAUUGAAUUCCCCUUUUUUAUUGCCUCAUCUUUUAAAAAUAGUAAACUGAUAAGUAGCCAUGAAAAGGUGUUUUGAUUAACUGACAGUUCUCCUCGCGUAUAAUUAAAACCCCCCCUACUGUAAUAAACCAGUCUUGACACUUCCUUGUUCAAAAGUUUUAUUUAGAGGAAGCCCUGGAGUAAAGUUGGUCACCGAACCGGUUAGCAUACGUCGAUGUCAAUGUUGUGGACCACCCAGCCUUCCUUUGAGUUUUAUUUUUGAGAAUAAGCCCAGUGUGAGGCAGUCUCUCAGAUGGACCUGGCUGUGAGCCGGCUCGUACUCUCAGACGCAUAAAGGAGGAGGAUGACAGCCGCUAACGUUAGCGAAGAGAUAAGGGAGAAGUUCCCCUUGCAUUCUUCGGUCUGGGAGAACGACUACAGGAGUUUGGAGAGAGAUUUAGCACAGAAUGACGUGGAGACUGUGGAUCCGCGGGGCCGGACGCCGCUUCACCUCGCCGUGUCCCUCGGUCACCUGGAGUCCGUGCGGGUCCUCCUCCGCCACGGUGCUCAAGUGACCAAAGAGAAUGCUAAUAAUUGGACAGCCCUACAGGAGGCAGUCAGCACGGGCGACCCAGAGAUGGUUCAAUUGGUCCUCCAGCGUAGAGACUACCUCAAGGCCUCCACUGCCCUGGGAGGGGUGCCCGAGCUGCUGGCCAAGAUCAGAGAGUCGCCUGAUUUCUAUAUGGAAAUGAAGUGGGAGUUCACCAGUUGGAUCCCGCUGGUGUCACGAGUCUGUCCGAGUGACGUGUGUCGCAUCUGGAAGAGCGGGGCCAGCCUGCGGGUGGACGCCACCCUCUUGGGCUUCGAGAACAUGACCUGGAUCAGAGGGCGUCGCAGCUACAUAUUCAGAGGAGAGGAUGCAUGUGCAGAAUUGAUGGAGGUGAAUCACGACGAUGAAGUGGUGGACACGGAGCGCUUCAACAUCUCCCAGGAGAUAGAGGAGGUCACGCUGGAUUCCAUGCAGCCUGCCCAACAGGAGGUGGCCAAGCGUCUGACCACGUCUAUCGUGAACACCUACUUGGAUACCAAGGACAUCGCCUUCGAAAGAAAUAAGGCUGGGAUUUGGGGAUGGAGAACUGACAAAACGGAAAUGGUCAACGGAUUUGAAUCAAAGGUUUUCAGUGUCAACAACGUGAAUGUGAUCAUCCGCACGCGCACAGAACACCUCACCGACGAGGAGAAGACCAGGAUAAAAAGUGAGAGGAACGUGCUGGAGUCACUCCUCGGGACGGUGGAGCAGCACAUUAGUGCCCAGGGGGAUCUGACUCUGGAGUAUGCCACGGCCACCAACCCUACCGCUAUUACUCCAGAGGAAUACUUUGAUCCAGACUUUGACCUGGAAGACCGAGACAUCGGCCGGCCUAUUGAGCUGAGCAUCCGGACACAGAAGUUCAAGGGCACCUUGUGGAUGAGCGAGGAGCACCCACUCUCCCUGGUGGAGCAGGUGACCCCGAUCAUAGACCUGAUGGCGCGCACCAGCUCCCACUUUGCCCGCCUGCGGGACUUCGUCACCCUCAACUUCCCCCCGGGCUUUCCUGUGAAGAUAGAGAUUCCCCUGUUCCACGUGCUGAACGCCAGGAUUACCUUUGGCAGCGUCAACAAGUGUGGCACAGAGGAGCAAGUGAGCACUCCCGACGUCGUCUCGCCCACGCCCUCCUCCGAGGGCGAGGGGGCUGCAGCCCCGCCCCUCUUCCAGGUGUGCCCGUCCGUGUUCGAGGUGCCUGGCCACUACCGGCACCGCGGAGGCAGCCGCCACACCCCCGCGUCCAACCAGGACGAGGCGCUCCUCCAGUACGCCAUCCACCAGAGCCUCCUGGAGACCAGAGGGACGCCUGGCCAGGAUGUGGCCUGGGAUGAUUCUAAUGGAGACUCCGCUGACACCAUGCUCAGCAGCCAAAGUGACAGGAGUCUCCCAGAGGGGGCGCUGACGGACUACGGGGACACGUCCAGCCCGGCCAGCUCGGGCUCCAGCCCCGAGGCGGAGCUGCGGCUGGCCAUGGAGCUGUCUGCCAGGGCCCUGGAGGAGGAGGAGACCAGGAAGAAGCAGGAGGAGGAGGAGCUGCAUAGGACACUGGAGCUGUCGCUCAUCGAGAAGUGAAUCCUAACUCGAAUGCCCGCCCACCCUCUCUUCCCCGCCAUAACCAUGAUACUUUCCGGAGCAAGAAACCGCCACACCUCAGCCUAUAGCUUCCCAAGCCGCUACUAAGAUCAUCUAUGCAAACUAAAUUCUCUGUUUUAAACCAAACAGGUGCUUAAUGCACAGGCAGCGACAACCCCCCCUCCCCCCCCCAUAUCUCCGAGAGCUAUUUUUGGUAAGAACACGCUCCUUUAUAUAUAUAUAUUUAUAUCUUCCAUCUGAUAGAUACUUCCUUAGACACAGGCGUGAUUCGGGUAGCCCUAUGAGAUGAUUUUAUAUGGGUUUUUAUUUGUUUUGCUUCAUGAAGCAAACUCGUCGUUGGCCGAGUCUUGGGUCACAGCCAGGUCUUAAUAUGAAGGGUUUACCAUCCAGGGGUGAAUGUAUCCAUACACCAUCAGUUGCACAAAGGCCAAGGUGUUACCAAGUCCUGGUUAUCUCAGGGUUUCAUUCUCCCAACAUCCACGUCCGUUUGGUACCUGGUAAAGGGAAUGGGGGGGGGGUGCAGACGCAGCACGGGUCACAGUUGGGAUGUGGUUCUGUGUGUUUGGGGGUUUCUUCAGAGCAGGGGCUAUACUGAUGAAUGAUCAUUAGGAGCUUUUGGGAUUGGGGACAGCAUGUUGCAUGGCCAUAACCCUGUACACUCUGACUGAGGUUAGCAGCGGGGGUAAUUGUUGAAUAUUGGUAUUGUAGUAGGAGAGAGGCUGCCUGUCUUUUCAUUCCCCCCCUUCUAAUUGGUUUAAGCAGUGGUUCCCCACCUUUUCGUGGCCGUGUCAUUUCCAGCUCUGAAAAUGUUUGCAACCCAAACCUUAGCUUUUGUGUAUCAGCCUCCACAUCAAUUGGUUACUGCGAUGUUAAUGCAUCACAUCGCUCUAUUACACAGUACACACAGUGUACUGUAGUUGUUUCCUCAUGGCUACGAAUCAUUAGUGCGUUCAUAUAUGCAGGGGUCUGUGGAAAAAAAGAAAAUCAUCAAAAAUCUUUAGCUUAUGCAUAAAUCUCCUGCUACACCAUAUGCAUAUCAGGGGACCAAAGUUGGUUCGCGACCCCAAGGUUGGGAACCACUGGCUUAAGGUCUUGACAAUAGGAGAUGGAAACGAAUAAGUCUUUGCUCUGGUUAGGCUAAAUUCAAUGAGCAGCUUAAUAGACUACAUGACCUUUAACUAGUCUACCGAUAAUGGUGCCACUAAUAAAGUUGAGGGAUGUGGCACUGACAGUUGUGUUCUCAAGGCCACUGAAAUUAAAACUUUUUUCAAACUACCGUAGUGUUACAAGAUGACUCCCCGGUAGCCAUGUGUCAGAAAGUUAACACGACCCUAGCGGUUAACCGAGUGAUGCUGGAAACGUUAACCACUUAACAAAGGACUCUACAAGAGUACGCAUUGUGUUUGUCUUUGGGGAAGGCGGUGUGUAAAAAGUUCACCCGAAUAACUAUUUUUGCCAAACGUGUCUAAUUUGGUGGGUUUUUUUUAAUGCUCAAAGUAACUGCUGCAACUUUUUCUUUUUCAGUUUUUUUUACGUUUAAAAAAAUUCAUUGUCCUGUUUUAUUGUUAUUUUUAUUAAAUGAAAGCACUUUA